UCAUUGAAGCCCACACGCAUAUAAGGCCCCAGUCAAUAUCUCUGAGCUUAGAUUAGGGUUUUCGUCACUUUGAGCUGAAGUAUCCCUACAACGCCUCCUCUGCGAAUUUGCUAGCGCACAACCUCUCUACACUCCGCAACCAUGGCCGAGCAGACCGAGAAGGCGUUUCUUAAGCAACCCAAGGUGUUUCUAAGCUCCAAGAAAUCUUCCAAGGGAAAGAGACCUGGAAAGGGAGGGAAUCGUUUCUGGAAAAGCGUUGGAUUGGGUUUUAAGACCCCCAGGGAAGCCAUUGAUGGAACAUAUAUCGACAAGAAGUGCCCAUUUACUGGAACUGUUUCUGUUAGGGGACGUAUUUUAGCUGGAACUUGCCAUAGUGCUAAGAUGGUUAGGACCAUCAUUGUUCGGCGGAACUAUCUUCAUUUUGUCAAGAAAUACCAAAGAUAUGAGAAGAGGCACUCGAAUAUCCCAGCUCACAUCUCACCUUGCUUCCGUGUGAAAGAAGGUGAUCAUGUGAUUAUUGGGCAAUGCAGGCCAUUGUCAAAGACAGUGAGGUUCAAUGUUUUGAAGGUGGUUCCUGCUGGUUCCUCAGGUGGUGGGAAAAAGGCUUUUACUGGACUGUGAGACUUGAAUUCUCUGAUAGUUCUUUAGGCUGGCAUUGCAAAGAAUGUCUUGGAUCAAGUGAUGUCAGUUUGGUGUUUCUUUGUGUUUUUCGUUUUCUUGUAUCCCCUCUACUUUUGAAGUAUUAUUUGUUAUUAGGGGAAGUUUUGAAGUUGGAUUUCCGUGGUUUUAAGAGCAUUGUUAUCUAAUUUUAUGAUUUGAUAUAGAAAUUUUGCACUUCUGGAUAAAAA